CUAUUUUUUUAAGUGGAGUGUUAACUUCACACUUCACAGGCUUACCAACUCCAUUUUGCUACUUCAACUACUUCAAGUUUCAACACACUUAAUUUCUCUAUAACCUCUGAACAAUCACAUACAAUUGUAGUAAGUGUAGUUUGGAUUUUCUAAUUAAUAAAACUCCAAAAGUCCCUUUUUUUUUUCUGGGGGGUCAAAUUUUGAUCUGAUGAAAGAUGAAAACAGCUGCUGCAUCAUCCACAUCUUCAACUUCAAGUAGGGUGCUUUACUCUUUCUGGCUAAGUUUUUGUGCUUGGCGUGUUCGUUUUGCUUUAAACAUGAAAGGGCUUCAAUACGAGUAUAAAUCAGUUGAUCUCUUCAAAGGGGAGCAAUUUCAUCCAGAAUUUGAACAGAUCAACCCGCUUCGUUAUGUUCCAGUUCUUGUUGAUGACGGGGUUGUGGUUUCUGACUCGCUGGCUAUCCUUAUGUAUCUAGAAGAUAGGUAUCCCGAAAAUCCACUUUUGCCAGCUGAUCCUUGCAGACGAGCGCUCAAUCUUCAGGCUGCAAGUAUCGUCAGUUGCAGCAUGCAGUCACUUCAUAUGAGAUCAGUGCUGGAGUUUAUUGAGAAUAAACUUGGUCAAGAGGAGCGUACAACAUGGGUUCAAAUGAUUAUCGAUAAGGGUUUCUCUGCUCUGGAAAAGUUGCUCAAAGAUUAUGCUGGCAGAUAUUCUACCGGAGAUGAAGUAUCUAUGUGUCCUUUUCUUAACUUCAGGCAGAUGUAUUUCUGGCACCACAAAUUUCUGCUGCAGUGAGCAGAUUUAACACCGAUAUGUCGAAAUAUCCCACCUUACGGAGGGUGUAUGAAGCAUGCGAAGUGUUGCCUGAAUUCCAAGCCUCUAUUCCUGAGAGGCAACCGGAUGCAGUCAAUGCAGAAAGAGAUUGGUUCAGCCGUUAGUCUACUUUGCUGUCCGACGAAGGGUCUCAUUCUGAAAAGCAGAUACUGUAGUCUAGUAUAUCUGUAAUUUGCAAUUAUGCAAUGGCUAAUGAAGUAUUCAUAUGGUGUUGACUGUUGAAAUAAAAAUUUAAGGCCUACUGGAGCUUAGAAAUUAUGUUAUACGCAAGUUAUAGUUAAGUCUCGAAGCGGAUAUAGCAUAAUAACAAGU